UUGCUCCAAUCAGACAAUUCGUUAAAUGUUAAAAUAAUCAGUUUUCUCUCAGCUGGAAAUGAGAGAGAGAGAAAGAGAAAGAUAAACAAAUGAGUUGAUCAUCUGUUCAUCUUCAAGUUUGUGAAUUAAUUAAUUAAUGGCAACUUUGGAUUUAUUUGUGUUUAUCAUCUUAACCAAUAGUAAUAUUAUAACCAGGAAGCUUUUCUAUUAAAUUAUUUACUUGUAUUCAUCCCAAUGGAUUAUCAUUCAAUUGAUAAGUGCUCAUCAUGUUACAACCAGAAAAUGAGAUUUGAUUGAAAUGUUUGUUUAGAUUCACUAAUUGUUGCUGUUUAUGUGUUGGUGUUUCUAAUUGUUUUCUAAUCAUUUCCGUAAUAUUUAAUGUUAUAUUGUCUUCGCUGGACUAUAACUCAUCUUGAUCUCUAACAAGUUAAAUCUUCAAAUACGAAAUGAAGUUUUCUUAAUCAUUGAAGUCUGAUGUUAUUAUUAAGGAAUCGCAGCAAUUGGAGUCGAUCAAGAAUCAAACAUUUUCUCUUAAUUAUAUCUAAUCUUUAUCUUAAUCAAGAUUGGAUUAAAUGUCAUCUUAAUUUAUAAUCUUCUCAACAAAAGGCUAGUCUUUUAUAUCCAUUUUAAUAGUGAUGAGAAAAACAUAAUGACAGUUUAAUUGUUGUUGAUUAACUAGUCUUCAUUUCUCAUGGUGUAUUAUUAUUGUUCAUCAUCAAUAUUUUAAAAUCUUCAUCUAGUCGUAAUAAUUAACCAAUGUUCAUCUUUAAUUGUCAUCAAAUUUACCCAAUAUUGUUUUCUAUUUAUAAUUUGUCUCAACACUUUUACAUGAACGAAUAACUUAACAAUUGACUUAAUCAUGACUCGAUUUUUUAAUGUAAUCAUAUUCAUAACCUUCAUUUCCUUAAUUCUUGUGAUUCUUUUCUAUGUUAAACUUGAUCUUUAUCAUGAAAGCCAUGGACUAAUUAGUAGGACGAAUUCACCUGACAGGACAAGUUACUCAAUUCCUGAUGAAGAUCAUAUUCAACAAUUAACACAAGAAAAUCAAAUUCUACUUGACCAAUUAAAAGAGCUUGAACUUAGAAUUGAAGUGUUGGAAGGUUCAUCUACCAAGAAAGUUCCGGUUACUCGUCGAUUAUCAUCACCUGAACGUAAACGAAUUCUGGUCACUGGUGGAGCGGGUUUUGUGGGGUCACAUUUGGUCGAUACUCUAAUGAAAAGUGGCCAUGAAGUGACCGUAGUUGACAAUUUUUUCACUGGUAGAAAACGUAAUCUACAUCAUUGGUUUUCUCAUAAAAACUUUGAAUUGAUCCAUCAUGAUAUAGUUAACCCUUUAUACAUUGAAGUUGAUCAGAUUUACCAUCUUGCCUCUCCAGCCUCACCUCCUCAUUACAUGUUUAAUCCAGUGAAAACAAUCAAGACCAAUGCCUUGGGGACAAUUAAUAUGCUUGGUUUAGCCAAACGAAUCGGUGCUAGAGUUUUGGUUGCGUCAACAUCAGAGGUUUACGGAGAUCCUCAAGUUCAUCCACAAUCGGAAGAUUAUUGGGGAAACGUUAAUCCAAUUGGACCAAGAUCUUGUUACGAUGAGGGUAAACGAAUUGCCGAAGCGCUUUCAUAUGCUUAUGCUAAACAAGAAGGUGUCAAUGUGAGAGUUGCUCGAAUCUUCAACACCUAUGGACCUCGAAUGAACAUGAACGAUGGUCGAGUUGUCUCUAAUUUUAUCAUGCAAUCACUUCGCAAUCAAUCAAUUACCGUUUACGGUGAUGGUUCACAGACUCGCUCAUUUGCUUAUAUCGAUGAUCUAGUUGAUGGUCUAAUUAGACUGAUGAACAGCAAUUUCUCCCAACCAGUUAAUCUUGGUAAUCCCGAUGAAUAUACUAUCCUACAAUUUGCAAUUCUAAUUAAAAAUCUAGUGGGUACAACCAGUCAAAUUGUAUUUACCGAUGGUGUUGAAGAUGAUCCUCAACGACGUCGACCUGAUAUUCAUCGAGCUGAACAGCAAUUAAAUUGGACUCCCAAAGUACCUUUGAAAAUUGGAUUACAGAAAACGGUUGAAUAUUUUAGGAAAGAAAUAUCAAAUUUGGAAUAGUCAUAAUUAACGAAAUUGCCAAUCAAAUGGAUUAUUUUACCAACCAUCAAAACGAACAAUUUGCCAUAAUUUAAACUACAAAGAUAGAAACUACAAAAAUGAAUUAAUCAUGAUACAGUUCAAUGAACAGAAUGAAUUGUUAAUUUGAUCUCUUCUUGAUUUGUGCCAGACUUAGAAUGCUGAUCUAAUCAAUUUACAAAUUGUUAUUAUUUAUUUAAUCACGAAUGAGGGAGAUAAUCAACAACUUCUCUCGCAGGAAUCAACGAAAUGCUUUCAUUACUGUUGCCUCUAAAAAUGGAACAAUUAAUUUCCAAUGCGAAGUUUAACACUUUAAUUAACAUAAUUAUCUUUCAUCAUCUCAUUUAUCGAGUCAUCUUUGACCCAUCCGAACCAUUAUUAAAUUUAUCUUUAUCACUAAAUCAAUAA